AUGGACGUAAAGACAAUGGCCACUGUGGAAAUGCCCAUAUUUGGCAAUACUCUCAAAUUAAUGAAAUUUUGGUCCUAUCUAUAUGUGCACAACUGGCGACGAUAUGUGGCUAUGACACCCUACACUCUAAUCAAUAUAACUCAAUAUGUGGAUAUCUAUUUGAGUACCGAACCACUGGACUUUGUUAUAAGAAAUGUCUACCUGGCUGUCCUUUUCACCAACACAGUUGUAAGAGGAGUCUUACUAUGCGUACAGCGAGGAAGUUAUGAGAGAUUUAUUGCAAUAAUCAAGGACUAUUAUAUCGAAUUGCUGCAAUCGACUGACCCCCAUAUUGACCAAUUGGUCAAAGAAGCUACUAGACUUUCCAUUACCAUUGGCCGCAUUAAUCUACUAAUGGGCACCUGCACCUGCAUUGGCUUUGUGACCUAUCCCCUAUUUGGUUCGGAGCGAGUUUUACCCUAUGGCAUGUAUUUAUUUGGCAUUGAGGAGUACAAGUAUGCCAGUCCCUAUUACGAGUUCUUCUUUGCGGUUCAGGCCAUAAUGGCACCCAUGGGCUGUUGCAUGUACAUACCAUAUACGAAUCUGGUGGUGACCUUUACCCUAUUCGCCAUCCUCAUGUGCCGUGUGCUCCAACACAAGUUGCGCACUCUGGAGAAGUUACGUGGGUCUUCACUGGAGGUGCGUCAGGAAAUAAUAGGUUGCAUUAGAUAUCAACUGAAGUUGGCCGGCCUUGUAGAGGGCAUGAAUUCGUUGAAUACACAUUUACAUUUGGUCGAGUUCCUGUGCUUUGGAGCGAUGCUUUGUGUUUUACUCUUUUCGUUGAUCAUUGCUCAAACAAUUGGUCAAACUGUCAUAGUGCUUGCCUAUAUGGUAAUGAUUUUUGCCAAUAGUGUGGUUCUCUACUAUGUGGCCAAUGAGCUUUACUUUCAGAGCUUUUACAUCUCCAUUGCUGCCUAUGAGAGCAAUUGGAUGGACUUUGAUGUGGAUACACAAAAGACUUUAAAAUUUCUUAUAAUGCGUUCACAAAAGCCUUUGGCGAUACUUGUUGGCGGUGUCUAUCCCAUGAAUCUAAGAAUGUUGCAGUCCCUGCUUAACGUCAUCUACUCCUUCUUCACACUGCUGCGUCGCAUUUAUGGCUAA